UUCGUGACCGCCGUGGGAGCGGUAGGAAAAAUCCAAAGCUCAUGCGUCAGCUGUCGCUGGAGUUCCCGGCGCGACACCUGCGAGGCUUCAGUGCCCCAUUUCCUCAUUCUUCAUCCGAGUAUCCGACCCGACCCCUUUUCCGUUUUGGGGUUUUGCACAUAGCCCGCUUUCAUCCAUUUAUUGGACAGAGCAUCUGAGUGACGGAGAGAGACAGAGAUGGAAGAAGAGGGAAAAGUGAAAUUGGACCGAUGGGGAUAUCCGGUCAAGACAUCCUCCGACGCUUGCAUUUCUGCUAUCAACGCCUACUACUACCAGGUGAUGAGUUAUGGAAGAGAGAAGUUUGUGAUUCUCGAAGCACCGCGUCACGACCAGCAAUGCGUGCUGGGCAACAUUUUGGCCGCUCACUUCCUCUGCUCCGCUGACCCUUCUCGAGCUCCCUUCCAUCUCGAGGCUGCCCAGUCUCGUCUCGAGCAAGCCACGUCCUACGAGAAAGCAGUUUUUGAUUCGGUCAAUUGUUUGAUUUCGAAGGGCAGGGAUGACGACAUUGCUGUUGAGCUACACGAAAAGCUUUUAAAUGACUUCCCAAGAGAUCUAGCAUCUUUGAAGAGGGCUCAAGUGCUAUGCUUUUACAUGGGUCGGCCUGAUCUAUCUUUGAAACUUGUUCAACAGGUUUUACCCGAAAAUCAAGACGAAAAUUACAUAUAUGGGAUGCUUGCUUUUGCUUUGUUAGAGCUUGGUCAAAUGGUGGAUGCUGAGAAAGCUGCAAUAAAGGGUUUUGAUAUCAACAAGAAUGAUUGCUGGUCACAACAUGCUUUGUGCCAUGUUUUCCAGUACGAGUGUCGUUUUAAAGAGGCAGUAAAGUUCAUGGAAGACUGCUCAUCAUCAUGGAGUUCUUGUUCAUCUUUUAUGUAUACACACAAUUGGUGGCAUGUUGCUCUUUGUUACUUGGAUGGUCAUUCUUCAAUUAGAAAGGUCUUGGAGGUUUAUGACCACUAUAUCUGGAAGGAGUUGGAAAGAAGUGAUGCAACUGGCGCAGAGGUGUACUUGAAUGCUUUAGGUCUGCUACUGCGUGUGUCUGUGCGGGGUGAAAUUGAUGUCUUUGAGGAUCGUUUGAAGGUCUUAGCAGGUUGUCUAACAGAUCAAGCCACCUGGCAUGUGGAAUGGCAGCUUGAUUUGUUGACACUAUGGGCCUUAGCUAGUAUUGGAGAAUUUGGUAAGGCUGAAGAUUUACUUGAAGGCUUGAAAUUAAGAAUUUCUCAUAUGAGCGAGAAGAAGCGGCAAUCAAUGCAGAGGGGAAUGCUGCUUGCAGAAGCCCUCUAUGAGUAUGCCAGAGGUAACUAUAACAAAGCAUUGGUAUUGCUUGGUCCAGAUUUUGAUGCCAAUGACUGCAAGAUGAUUGGAGCAUCUGAAGAACAGCUUGAUGUAUUUAACGAGGUUUGGUUCAUCAUGUUGUUGAAUACAGGACAAGUUAUGAAGGCAAUUGAAGUACUUGAAAAGCAGGUUGCUAAGAGAGAAGGGGUCCCUUUUUUGUGGCGCAUGCUGGAGAAAGGUUAUUCUAUGACAGGGAGGCAGGAAGCUACAAUGGCAGGUGAAAAGGCGAGGGCUUUGGAGAUUGCAUAUUUCUGAUUGCUGGUGCCAAUAAAUCUAGCCAGCAUGGGUGACUGUCUGACAUUGUAGGUUCCAAUUUUAAAUAGUUUCGGUGCCUUAUUACCUUUUUUCAUUGGUGGCUGGGGUGGGGGCUUGGGGUGGUUGGGGAGAAGGAAGACUUGAUAUAUUUAUGCGUUCUGUAGGGUGACGACGUGAAUAAUGUAAAGUAAAUAGUUUAAACUACCCAUAGUUGUAAGCUUUCUAGAGCUCGAAUCCUGCAGUUAUAUCUAGCAGACAAUGAUCUCGUGAUCUUGGUCUUGUAGCUUCAAUACAAUAGAUUAAAAUUUUGCAUCUUCUAGAGGGGCUUCUUAAGUCCAAUGGAAGAGCGACAUUCUUCUA